GCCAUUUCCCUACCUCCAAGCUUUGCUGAUACAGGUUUUCUGUCGAGCUAGCUACGCAGUAUUUUUUGUCAAGAAAUGGACGCCGCAAAUCAACUUUGCAAACUUUUUGUCGGUGGAUUGAACGUAGAUACCGACGAUGACGGGCUCCGCAAGCAUUUUGAGCAGUAUGGUCAACUGACCGACUGCGUUGUGGUUGUGAAUAAGCAGCUACAGAGGUCCCGCUGUUUCGGCUUUGUUACCUACUCGAGCGGGGAGGAGGCCGAUGCAGCAAUGGCGGCAAGGCCACAUGUCGUUGAUGGCACCAACGUGGAGUUGAAAAGAGCGGUCGCUCGUGAAGAUGCUGGUAAACCCGAGGCACUCGCCAAGGUCAAGAAAAUAUUCAUCGGUGGACUGAAAGACGACAUCGAAGAUGAACAUCUGAAUGAUUAUUUUUCCCAGUUCGGCGAGAUCGAGAAGGCCGAAGUAAUCGCGGAGAAGGAAACCGGAAAGAAAAGGGGCUUCGGCUUUGUUCACUUCACAGAUAACGACUCGGCCGACAAGGCAGUGGUUGUGAAGUUCCACACCAUCAAUGGGCACAAGGUGGAAGUGAAGAAAGCCCUCACCAAGCAGGAGAUGCAAGCUGGUGGUGGCGGCAGGGGUGGAAGAGGGGGGAGAGGCAUGAGAGGAGGACAAAAUGGCUUCGGUGGCGGCAGAGGUGGUUACGACAGCUACGGGGGCGGUUUCGGUGGGGGCUACGGAGGCAAUAGCGGCGGUUAUGGCGGUGGCUACGGAAGUGGAGGCUAUGGCGGUGGUUAUGGAGGCGCAAGCUACGGAGGUGGCUACGGCGACCAGAUGGGAGGUUAUGGUGGCGGCAAUGGCUACAGUGACUUUGGCAGUGGGUACAGCCAGCAGUCCUCCGGGUAUGGGCCCAUGAAAGGCGGCAGCAACUAUGCCGGUAGGAGCCCCGCUCCAUACGCCCCCAGAGGCGGUGCGGGUGGCUACAACAGAGGGGCUUAUGGCGGCUACUAAACCCGUGGCUACGACAGACUAUUUGCAAAGAAAUGUCUUUUACACCCUCAACCGUCGGAUCGGACGACCUCAAACCGAACUAAAUAAAUUCAGUCAUCGGGCAUCUGCCAUAAAGUACUGGCAAAAUGCCGACACUGUGAAACCUAAUCAUUAAGAAGACCUCAAAACCAAACAGGUAGCCAUGGUGACCUGACUGCCAGGACACCAAUCUGGCAAAGCCUUGGUUUCCUUCAGGACUGGGGGAUUGCAGUUAAGGCUGUCCCACUUCCAUGGGUGAUUUGGAACCCCUGGACAUUCUGCCUAAUGUGUGCAUUAAAAUCUUUACUGUAUUUACCAGGUUUCAAUGAUUGCCAGUGGGUUUAUUCUUGUCAAUCUAGGAGGGUGAAAUAAUUGACUACUUAUUCUGUUCUUACCCAUUGUAGGAAAGUGGGUCAUAACUGUUAGAUCAUUGCAUACUAUGGAAAAAUGGACACCAAUGAUGGCUUUGGUGUGCUAUGCUUUUAAUUUGCUGCAAUUUAAAUAAAACUAUUUUUUUAAAGA